AUGUCACCGUAUGUGCUCUUGCGCGACGAAGCAAAGGUAACCAAAAUCGGGCCAAACACGCCCGCGGCAACCGUAAAGAACCAAAGCAUCAGCAGUCCGUGGGGCUCGGCUGGUGACUUUUUGACAUAUGUGGACAACAUCCUCGAGCAGCGAGCCCGUUCCAACACAUUAUUUCCUCCAGGAGCCUUGCAUGAACGACAAAAGAGCAUAGAUACCACGCCCUCUCAGCAGAUUCUGUCUGCGAAAGAUACCAUCGACCUGGCGAUUCUGCGCAGUAAUCAAGCCAUCCACACAAGGCGCAGCCCCAACCGAUUUGAGAUCGCCCGUGAGGGGCAACGCAUUGCGGUGGUUGUAUUAAAUCGGCCGGCGCACCGGCUCGGCGAGACCAUUAUCGCCACCUUGGACUUUGGCGAAGCCGCCGUCCCGUGCUACGCAGUCCGGGCGUCGCUGGAAACCUCGGAGAAGGUGACGCCGACUCUGGCUGUGCGGUCAAAUGCCAGCAUCCAUCGCGCCACACGACGAAUCUACGCAUCCCUAUUUGAGAAUACGCUGUACGCUACGCGAGUUGUCUUUGUUCCGGCGAUCCCCAUCACGGCUACACCUACGAUCCGCACCAGCGGCGUUACUCUGGAUUGGGAAUUACGGUUUGAGUUUGUGACCGCCAGCAGCACCGGCGAGCAGGGACCUGGUCCAUCGGGCAUUAGCUUGCUCGAAACGCUGUCUGCUGAUGAUCGCGGCAAAGUGAUGUCUGCGAUGGAGCGAUUGGGCUGCGAGUCGUUUGAGAUCUCGAUUCCGUUGACGGUUUAUGGCGAGACAGUACGUGAGCAAGUACCUGAGGAGAAUGAGGGAUACUCGAUCUAG